AUGGAGCUCCGCAGCUGUUGCUGUUGGAGGUACCUGACGGAGCAGUGGGCGUAAUGGGUAUGCAGUAAUUGUUUGCAUGUUUCUUCGCGAAAAGUAUGCGUCGCUACUUCUAAAACAAGGUAGAGACUGCAACUGCUGACAGUUUUCUUUUUUUUUUCUGUGUCCAUGUCUAGCUCCAAGCAUCAACAUGAUCAAGCAGUCAUCUUUCCUCAAGUGGGCACAGAACACAAAAAGCUCCGUUAAAGGAAGUGGAAGGAAGUGGAUUCAUCCCCCUGACGCACUUCAGAAAGGCCAUGUUGCCUACUUGGUGAAGUUCCUAGGCUUCACAGAAGUGGACCAUCCCAAGGGCAUUGAAGUUGUCAAAGAAGGCAUUAGGAAAUUAAAGUUCAACCAGCAGCUGAAACGGUCUGAAGGAACAAAAGCACCCAAGGUUGAACUGACCAUCUCUGUUGAUGGUGUUGCAGUGCAGGAGCCGAAAACGAAGCGGAUCUUCCAUCAGCAUCCGCUGCACCGCAUAUCGUACUGUGCGGAUGACAAGACAGACAAGAAAUCCUUCAGCUUCAUCGCCAAGGAAGCUGAUGGGGAGCGGCACUCUUGCUUCGUCUUUUCUAGUGAGAAACUGGCUGAGGAAAUUACGUUGACGAUAGGGCAGGCAUUUGAUCUGGCAUACAGAAAAUUUUUGGACACGUCUGGAAGGGAUCUGGAGAUGAAGAAACAAUUCAUGAUACUCCAAAAGAGGGUGCAAGACCUAGAGCAAGAGAACGAACAGCUGCGUCAACGUCUGUCUGUCCUGGACGGUGCAAAAGGAAUGUCGUCUCCAACAGAUGCUCACGAAGAAAAGAAUGGUACCCAGCUCCUGCCGCUCCCACCACUAACCAAUGGCAAGACCUCUAGUGCCGUGACGCCCGUACCCUUGCCACCACCCGUCCCUCCAAGAAAGCUGGAGCAGUCGUCUCAUUCUGUGGACCUCCUUGACAUCACUAUGCCAACUGUUGGGACCAAGUUAGAAAAUCUGGCAGUGGAUGACCUGGAAGAUUUUGAUCCUCGAGCCCCAACGCCGCCUCCACCAUCAAUGAAGAAUGGCUGCGCCAACGGUAAAGACCUGUUUGGAGCAGAGCCUUUUUCACCCAAAGAACCUGUGGCAGAAGAUCCGUUUGGCAUGGGAGGCUUUGAACCUGGGCAUCUCGGGGCUAAAGAGCUGGAGAAUGCCAUAGGCAUUAUUGACAAGAAGCUUACCGAAAUGAGGGACGGUUUCAGCAGAGGACUGUCCUUCGGUUAUGAUGACUUCUCCCUGGAGGCCCUGGACCCCCUGCACAAGCAAGCGUGAGUCUCGGAAAAUCUCCCGCCGAAGAAAAAGCAACGAUUCCGUCCCAUUCCAAGCUACCAGACACAUCGCAGCACUUCCCCGAACUUACCACACGCAAUCCCUGUUACCAGAUUCUCUACGCUAGAAGACCCAGUCCUCCUUUGUUCUCUUGUUUCACGAGGAAGUGGGCGGCGUGCGUAACAACAAGCCGCGAAUUCUAUCGCAGCAGGUUUUUAUACUCUUGGGCGUCACAACAGCUUGUUAUUGUUAUACAAAGUACAUACUUUAUUGGAAGUAAUAUCUAACAUUAUCCAACAUGCGCUUCACUAUCAUUACUUGUAAAGAAGGGUCCAUGCUUGAGGUGCACCGCCUUUAUAUAAUAUCUUUGAAAUUACGCGUUGCUACAUUCCUUCUUUGACGUCAUCGCAACAAGUGGACCAUGUCCGAGAGAGAGAAGAGAGAUUUUGUACGUUUGGCUGCAAAGUACGGUGGACCAUUCCAAGUAAUACAACAAUCGUUAGCAAUAUCCUUUCGUCAAGAGAACGUCUGUGACAUCGAGGUAGUGCGGUGGGCCCUUGGGCUUCACCUGUAGAAUGAGCGUGAGCUGGAAGAAAGAGAAGAAGCUUACUACAUCCUAUCAAGAGGCAUUCCACCUACUCAAACCUAUGCAUUCGUAAGUUUCAAUCCUGUAUCUAAUGGUACGCUACGGCAGAAAUAAAGCUCCCAUUUUUUUACGUACCA